AGUUGGGCUUAUAUCCGGGGGCUUAUAUCCGGAAUAAUAUCUCUGUUAGCGAAUAGAAGGACUUAUAUUCGGGGGGGGGCUUAUAACCGGGGGGCUUUUACGUGGGAUUUUACGGUACCCUGUUUAGGACAAGUUUUGACUCUGACUAGGACUGAUGGUUGUAAAAUUGUACAUCCCGUUCAGGACAGUCAGGCCAAAAACCAUACCCUGCGGCAGAGGCACGUUCCUAUAUUGGCCAAAUAAGGGAGUCCCCCCUCCCCUUCCCUCCCGAUGUUGCUACUUGUCCAUCUCGGCUCAGAUUUCCGGCAACUCAUGCACCUGGGAAAACACCUUGGUUAACCUGGCUGCAGGGCAUGAAUAGUAGAGCAACCGGAAUGUAAACCAAGGCGGGAUAGUGGAUUGUGUUUUGCUAAGCUCUCAUGCGCUGCAACACGAGAGGCGAAGCUGGGAGAGGAGUCUGUGAGCGAAUCAAGCUGCUGAUGGAUACUAGCUUGUCCGAUCUCUCGCGGCUUUGCUGCUCUUGCCGCAGCGCACGAGAGCACGCUCGCAGGCUACCAAAACAUCUGUAUUUAUGCAAGUCUCUAAGCAAAUCGUCUAAUCGUUCGAUUACUAAACCUAAACUGCUGCGUAUGCCAUCAUAGGCAAGCCGGUACAUAGCAAGAAGGUACCGUAAGGUAGUUCUCACCACAGGCAGCCCAAGCUCAAGCUGGGAGCGAUUAUAAUCUUGCAUAAUAGCGGUCACGGCAAAAUUAAAUGACUUAAACGAAUAUUUACAAUCGGUUUUAGGAGAUAAAAAUAAAAGAAAACUCUUAAUAGAAAUGCUUUAUCUCACUUUCACUGUGUAUUGCCUUUUUUCUGUUCACUUUGUCUGCUGAUUUGGAGCGACUUCAGCGAGUUAUCGCUUCCUAGGGCCCAGUUCAAACGUUGAACUUCACAUAAGACAAACUAAAUUGCAACUUGAUUUCAGUCGAACCAAACGAUCUUAACUCGAAUUUAGAUUGACCAAUCGGACGAACCCAGUUGAGGCAAAUGUCGAACUUAUCAUGAACUUAAAUUGUUCAGUUUAGUUCGUCUCAAGUGAAGUUCGACGUUUGACCUGGGCCUAAGUUUUUCCACUGCGGAGAGAAUUCGAAAGACUUGCGAUCGUAAAUACCUGGUAAAUAUUAAUGUUAGGUUUUCUAUGCUUACGAAUUGAAAUAUCGGCAAAUUCCCUCCUCAUGAAACACUUCUGCAUUUCAAUUUCAAUAAGUCGGAACAAAUCCUCACGCUUUCACGACAACAGCGAAGCGUAGUAUCCUUCUGCUUUAAAAUUCUUUUGUAACUAUUGGGCUAUUUUUCUUAAAUAGUUAGAGAGUGAUUCUUUUGGGAAGAGAUUGGGAAGACACGGGCGAGGACCUUUCCGAGAAGGGGUUUUCGAGUUUCGUCCCAACCCCUUGUAGUCUAUACCGCCAUUUUGCAGUCGCGUUCAUGGAUAAAAAUUUGUCGGGCCAUUUAACAGUCUAGGCUUUUUCAGUGGUAAUAGCGUGGAAACGCAACGAAGGUGAGCCUGACCCUGCCAUUCUGUGAAUAGACCCUUGAGAUAGUAGAGUGCGACCGUUACUAAAGUGUUCAGCUGUAAGGAUUAACUUAACGUUGUUGAUGUAUUUAUAAUAGAUGGCAGACGACAAGAAAGAGGAGCCUAAGAUGCCACUGAUUCAUGGGAUGCCCUGGUUCCCUGAAACAACACAGGAAAUGGUCGACACAUUUCCGCGGCUGUUAGCUAGACAAAAUGACAUUUUUGUUGCCACAUAUCCAAAAGCUGGAACGACAUGGACCCAAGAAAUGGUUUGGCAGAUUAUCCAUAAUGGAAAUAUUGAUUAUCGUCGAUUGGACGUACGAAUACCAUGGUUAGACGGAAUGCUUCAUCCAAUGCCCCAUAACCCUUAUUACGCAUCAAGUCCUUUGAUGAUCGAGAGGUUGUUUGAAAGCUUUCCAGCACCGCGUUUGUUCAAGUUUCACCUUCCAUAUGACCUGCUUCCUAAGCCGCGUGACCAGGCUACCAAGCCACGUUAUAUUUAUGUCAUGCGCAAUCCCAAAGAUACAGCUGUGUCAUUCUAUCAUCAUUACGAGGUUAUGCCUGCUUCACCACACCGCUCCUGGGACGAGUACUUUGAGUUAUUCAUCAAAGGAGAAGUUUUCUACGGCUCGUGGUUUGAUCACGUGUUAAGCUGGUGGAAACACAAGGAUGAUCCAAACGUGUUGUUUUUAAAGUACGAGGAAAUGAAGAAGGAUUCUCCUGGUGCCAUUCAAAAAAUUGCCAAUUUUAUUGGAAAAGAACUUCCUCCAGAAAUAGUGGAACGCAUUGUAAACCAAACAUCUUUCAACGCCAUGAAAAAAGACGAAAAGGUUAAUUACUCAUGGAUUAAUGGGAUUAAGGGCGACUUCAUUCGCAAAGGUGAAGUAGGAGACNCAUCUUUCAACGCCAUGAAAAAAGACGAAAAGGUUAAUUACUCAUGGAUUAAUGGGAUUAAGGGCGACUUCAUUCGCAAAGGUGAAGUAGGAGACUGGAAAAACUACUUUACUGAAGAACAAAACAAGCGGCUUGAUUCUUUGUAUGCGGAGAAAAUGGCCGGCUCUGGACUAGAAUUUGAAUUUUGAGCCUCGGGGGUCAGUU